AUGUCACUUUCAAAGUCUGAAGAAUCAGACACACAGAAGCCUAAAACAGAGAAGGAGAAGGAAGAGGCCAAUUUGAAACUAAUAAAAACUACAUCCGGUAUUAGAGUAUCGCAAGCGUGUGACAGAUGUAGAAUCAAGAAGAUUAAAUGUGACGGGUUAACACCAUGUCAUAAUUGUUCGAAGAUAGGGUUUGAUUGUAAGACAAGUGAUAAAUUAACGAGGAGAGCAUUUCCAAAAGGUUAUACUGAAAACUUGGAGAAAAAAUUACGAGAGUUAGAAGAGCAAAACAGACUAUUAAGACUCAAAUACGGAGAAGACGAGGAAUAUGAGGAUAGUGAAAAACAUAAGGAAACUAAUGGUGGGACAUUCAUGCACAGACAAGUGGAAACUAACAGUAUUGAGGCAAGAAAUGAAAAUGAGGACCGUACGAGCAUGAAAAAUCAGAAUAACCCGAUUCAAAUUAAUAACCCGAUCGAUCAAAUAUUCAAUUUGGAUGACAAAGGUAUUAUUAUAGGUAACGACAAUUUGAAUUUCGAGUCACAGUUCAAUCAUUUAUUGAUAAACUUGAAUUUGCCAUUCUUAAAGAUUACUAAUUCCCAUAACUACUUACUAAAUGAUCCCAAUUCUUACUUAUAUCACCCAUCUUAUGCCAUGCAUAAUCAGUUCCAAAAUAGAGAUCUUGACGUUCCGUAUAACCCAUUGACGGCCAAUGAUUCUCAACAUGAUGGAAUCCCGGGAGAAAUGUCUAAUUUAACAAAUAGCCAAUUGCCUAUGGAUAUUUAUGACUUAUUUAUUAAGUUGAUUAAUAACUUCAAGAAAAUAAUAAGUAGCAAGAAAGAGCUUGAUAACCAGAUCUUACACUUUUUUCUUAACUACAAUGUUUUUAUACCAAUUUUUGACAUAAAGCAGUUCAUGAAAUCCUAUGACGAAUUCCAUACCAUGUAUCCAUUUAUGUUUACAUAUGAUGAUGCAACAAUUAAUGGCUUUAAUAUUCUGAAUAAUGAUUAUCAUGUUGUUAGUGAAUACUUAAUGAUUGUCGUUCAGAUUUACGCUAUGUUAAUGAUGAAUGACCCUACGAUUACUUUAAACCUAUUGUUGAAUCAUAUUGAACCUAGUUUCUCAAACAGUAAUAACUUAAAGGAAGACAGAAAAUCCAACGUAUCAAUGAUAAGAUCAUUGUAUGACUUCUUACCUUACUUUAAUGUAUUUCACGUUUCAAUUCCUCAAUUACAAACUUAUUUAUUAAUUUUGUACUAUUCAUUAUUGACAAAUAACAAGGAGAAAUCCCUAGUAAUAUCAUCGUUAGUUAACUCAUUCAUUGGUAUUUUGGGGAUAAAUUUAAAUUCUAAGAAUUUAUUUUUUAAUGACUUGACAUUAAAUUUGCAACAAAAGAGAAACAGAGUAAAAAUGUUUUGGGUCUUCAAAGUAUUAUUAAAAUGUUUCAAUCUAAAGUUUGGAUUUAAACCAAGUUUGAAUACUACGGUCAUUAACCCUGUAACGAUUGAGAGGUAUUUUGAAUUGACCCCAGAAAAACUAAGUCUGUUGCUAGAAACGAAGGAGGACGGUUUAGAUGAUUUAUUUGAAGUGUUGCUUAAACCUAGUACUGAGUUUUUAAAUUUGGUUAAUAUUAUUAUACCAUCGUCUUUUUCGCCUAAUUAUUAUCAAUAUUUAAAAAAUGGCAGCAACCAGAAUCACCACCAGUCACUGAAGAAGAAUCCCAAACAUUUAGACUGGAUCUUAAAUGAUGACGAUGGUGACGGAAAUGAUGGAAAUUUGAAUUAUAAUUUCACUCAAUUUUUAACCAUUGAUAAGAAUUUAUCAAAUUGGAGAUAUUCAUUGAAAGAUAAAAGGAUAGAUUUAACCCCAUUACAUCAAUAUUUAAAAUUGCCUAUAAUAUCCGAUGUAACAUCCAACAAUCUAUAUCAAAAAUUGUCGGUGUCUAAUAUUAAAAGUUCUUCUGGAAUAACACAGGAGGGUAUAAUGAAUUAUUUGAAUACAGGUUUACCAGAUAUUUAUACCGCAUCACAGUUAAUUAAGAUUCAAUUGAACUUCCAUUAUUUAUUGAUACGGUCCAUGAAUUAUUUGAAUUUUGUUAUCGAUAAAGAAUUAACAAAUACUUAUUAUAUGAAGAUCGCAAAUAUUUCAUCCGAAGUUUUGGCGUACUUUAUAUUGGUAUUUGAACACAUUGGCCAAUCAAUGGAAACAUGGGAAAAUAGCGCCGGCGAGGUUAAAACCAAAAGUGGAAAUAAUAUAAUUAUGGAUGGUUUAGGAUUAGAUGUCGAUGAUGAUGGCUUUGUUAUCAAUGAUUUUUCGGUAAAGAGAAGAAGGACCAGUUCACAGUUCCCAUUUGGUCAACAGGAUAGGAAAGUUAAACAGAUUCCACCAUCCUUGUUCAAUUACAUGUUAAAUGGGUUGUCAAUGACUAUAAUUAAUUUGAAAAAGUCUAUUAUUUUACAGAUGUUAUAUUUAUUGAUUUGUCAACUUAAAAUUGCUAAGAAGAAAGGUGUCAUAGAGCCCGAAAUAAUAAGCUUAUUGAAUAAGAGUAUUGAAUUGUUCGUUAAAAUAUUUAUAAAUUAUGGAACUAACAAUACGCGUAAGCCAGUUAAGAAAAACAAAGAGGAUGAACUAUUCUUAAAGUUAAUUAACGACGAGCUUAAGGAAGAAAUUUUGACAGAACCAAGAAAUAACGACGAAAGUGAUGAUGAAGAUAUGGAUGAAGAUGCUGCAAAUCAUAAUGGAUUGGACAUCGACUGGGAUGACGAGGAUAUGGAUGAAGACUUAAAGUACUUGAAAAUAUUGAAGUUUAUCAAGUAUAAGAUUCAACUUCUUGCAUCGAAUAAUAAUCAACCGAACGUUGGAGUUCCAAACACAGAGAAUACUGCCCACAGCCAAAGUUUGCCAUCAUUGAUGGAGACUAUAGACGGUUCAGCAAGUAAGAACAAUACUGUAUCUGGUUCGGAGGCCUCUACCAUAGAAAAUGCAGCAAGACCUAAAUCGAUAAACAAGCCAUCUGGUGGGAAUAACUUCUACACAUCAGCGUCAUCUACUAACUCGAAUUCGUCCUACACCCCCGGAAUGCAAAAAAUUCCGUCCAUGUCCAAGUUUGAUUUCCUCUUAGGUGAAGAUACUUUCCCUAUAUACACCGCGACCAGCCCGCCUUAUACCAUCAACUCACAUACUCCCUCUGUGUCAGGGCUUAAAGAUGCUCAUCAACUGAGUGAUCUUGUGAAAAAAGAAAGACUAGCAGUAAACGAUCUAAUGAACAUGAAGCAUGCGCAAAAGAAUGCUAAGCAAUCCAUUUCUCCGUCUUGGCAGUACAAUCCGAAUUCUGCAAGUCCUACAAAUCAGCAUGUAGCGUCGUCUGGUACUGUUGAUAACAACAACUAA